AUGACAUUCACGGAGGCUCAUUACGUCCUCAAUUUUAUUUCAAAAAAUCUUGAACAUCUAAAUAGUAAUUAUGUAUAUUCUGGAAUGAAAGUUGAACUUGAAAAAUUAAAAAAUAAAGAUAUCAAACAAUCAAAUGAAGAUCAUUCACAAUUUACAAUCCAAAAUUCCUUAGAAAAAUGUCACCAAACAUUAUUUGCUUUUAGCUUUAUAGUUUCAAAAUACAAAAAGCACAAAGGAAAUAAAUGGAAUAUUUUUAAGGUUAUGUGUUCAAAUUGUGAAGAAAAAAGCUAUUUUGGUGAUGAAGAGAAAAAUGAAAUUUAUGAAUUUGUAAAAGAUUUAAGUAAAAAUGUUGUUGAAAAAUGCAAAUUUAUUGUUGAAUGGCAAAUUAAUUUAUAUCGUAAAUCGCUAGAUUACAAAUUAAAUUUUGGACACAAAUCAAAAGGAGAUGAGCAUUACAAGAAAAUAAUUACUGAUCUACUCACUCAAUACAAAAACUUUGUUGAUGUUAUUUGUAGCAACAAGCCUCAUGGUGAUGCAACACACCAACAAUCAUUUUCAACAAACAACGGUGAACAAUCCAAUAAAAUUAUUCCCGACAAGGAAAGUCACACAAAUUCCCAAUCAGUUCCUCUUAUUGAUCAACAUGUAGUUGCUGUUAAUAAUUUUUAUAAAAAUUUGAAUGAUAUAACAGCAAAAACUAAAAAAUUUGAAACAAAACUUGCUGAUAUUAAAAAAUAUAUGGGAAAGAAUAAAUCGGUUAAAAAUGAAUUAUACCAAAAUAAUUUUGCCGAAAUAAUCGAGGAAAAGAUGGAAUUUCUUUUAAAAAAUUGGGAGAAAAUAUUUGAGGAUAUUUUGGGAGAUAAAGAAGAAAUUAAAGAGAUUUUCAUGAAUUCGGGACAUCAAUUUGUUGGGUAUUGCCUUUCCCAACGAUUUCUUGAGGCAUUUAAUGAAGAUGGAGGAGUUAACAUUAAAGCAUUCAUGGACAACCAAUUACUACAAAAAUAUGCCCAAAAACUUGCUAAAAUUGUUAAAAAUACUCCUUUGGAUAUAAAGUAA